AUGAUGUUGCAGAAUUUCGCCAGUCUCAUGCCCACACCUGCAGCUGCAGGUCAACCUACUGCUGCAGAGCUUGUGCUCAUGAAAGAGUGGAUAAAGGAAGAUGCUCAGAUGAAAGUGAUUAUCGGAAGGAGACUCUCACCCAUCAUUCAAAACAUCCUUGGGGAGAAGCUAACAGCUCGUCAGCAGUGGGAGAUGCUAUCCAAACGCUUCAUCCCAUCUCGAUGUCACUUCCCAAUACAAACUUCAAUCCCAACUCUUCUCCAAAAGACUGAAAGACCCAGACAAUGCUUCACACUAUCUUGGUUCGCAGAAAUGGGCAUCACCUUCACAGACAUCUUCCUGAAACGCCCCAAGGAAUGGAGGGGAAAGCACCAUAGUGAGGUGAACAAGGAGGAAAACUGGAAAGACAUAGCUGCAGCAGCUACUGACUCCAAGACUACCCCUGCACCUCCCUCUUCAUCCACUGAAACAUCAGCACUCACUGCCUCAUCAUCUCACAUGCGAGACUGGUCCUGCACCAUUGCCGAAGAACUUGAUACCGAGUCAUUGUUGAAGGAUGAAGACAUUACUUGCAUCACUAGCCAGAUGCUAUCCACCAUUCUAGAUUCGGGCACCACAUCAACACUCAUAACGAAUCAAAGCUAUUUCUGGACUUACGAUUCGAGUGCGAAGGUCACUGUGAAGACAGCAAACCAUGGGAAGUUAGCCACUUCUGGAUAG